GUCCUCAACAAGUACUUCCCGCCCGACUUCGAUCCUGCUCUUAUACCCCGCCGCAAACAACCCAAGAAUGCACAACAAGUUGUCCGUCUCAUGGCACCCUUCUCAAUGCGUUGCAACACGUGCGGAGAGUAUAUCUACAAGGGCAAAAAGUUCAACGCGAGAAAGGAGACCGUCGAAGGAGAGGAUUAUUAUGGUAUCAAGAUAUUCCGGUUCUACAUUAAAUGCACUCUCUGUUCUGCUGAGAUCACGUUCAAGACAGAUCCUAAGAACACAGACUACUCCGCUGAGCAUGGCGCCUCUCGUAAUUUCGAACCUUGGAGAGAAGAGAAGGCUGUCGAAGAGGAGGACCGACUGGCGAAGCUAGAGGAGGAAGAGAACAACCCGAUGAAGGUGUUAGAGAACAGGACGACGGACUCAAAGCGGGAGAUGGACAUUCUUGAUGCGCUGCAGGACAUCCGCGCUCGAAACGCUCGAAACGAGCGCGUAGGACACUCGACGGAUUUAUUGGAGAAGAUUGGGGUGCAAGAAGAUUGGGAUGAAGAGGACGAACAGAAGAAGCGGGAGCAAGAGGAGGACGAAGCGCUGGUCAGGCAAGUUUUCUCGAAAGUCGCUGUCCCCACUGCUGGCCCCUCUCGCUCUCCCGAAAAUGCACCCUCCGACCCAGAUAAGAAGAAAGCGAACGCUCCCAAAUCGUUGGGAAUAAAGCUGGUCAAGAAACCCAAGGUGAAAGCGAUCUCAUGA